GGAGUAAUUUUUGUUGUUGUUUGAAUUUCCUGCUACUUGUUUAUCAACUGCAGAUUAUCUCGGUAUUUGUUAGCAGUUUUAAGCUGCAAGUUCAAGGCUGCACUCGCCAAGUUGAUGAUUCAUUUUCGUUGACAGGAAACGGCACCGGGUUAGAAGUUCAUAGACAUUCUAUGCUAGUUAUUGCACAAAUGCAUAAAGCAGCAUAAGACAAGUCUACAAGUUUGAUCUCCCUGUAAUUAAACCUCCGCCAUGUCGGCGUCACAGUUCGAUGACCUCUUGGGAGAUUUUGGUGAUACUAGCACUACAACAAAAGCCACUUCUAAUGGUAACAUCGACCAAUUUGAUCCUUUCGGGCCUUCAGAUGGGGAACAAAUAAGUAAUGGUGGAGAUUCCGGACUCUUGGUGGAUUUUUCUGUUGAUUCUCAGGUAACAAAUGGUGAAUCCAGUAAUGGAGUAGACUUUGAUUUUGAUGCUUCUGGCUCAGCUAAUCCUCUUUACAACAUGUCUAUGGACGCUCAGUCUUCCAACCCACUGUAUGAGCUGUCUUCAGGCCCAGCUAAUCCACUGUAUGAGUAUGUAGAAGAAGAUUCCAACCAAUCAGCCAACCCACUGUAUGACUUGUCAACAAAUACAACUGAUUCACAGCCCAGUAAUCCUCUGUAUGAUCUAGAGGAUGCUGGUGAAGAAGGCAGUGAUGAUAUUCCCCAGCAGGCAGACCUUGGGACCACAGAAGAAGCCAGCCAUUCUACAAGCAUAGACCUUCUUGCUGAAUCUGAUGAUCUUAACCAAACGGAGCAAAGUAAUAAUGGAGAAGACCAACCAGAGGUUCUCAAUGGAGACCCUGAUCUUUGGGUACAACCAAAUGUAAAUGAACAAUUCAAGGACCAAGAUUAUUUUAGUACAGAAACAGUGGAGGAGGCUGAUAAAGCUAUUGAUGAAGGAGAUCUUACUGAAGAGAUCCCUGAUGAAAUUAGUAUCCCAACAGUAGAAGUGUCACAAAGCUGUGAAGAAACUGCUCAGCAAGUUGAGUCUGAAGAAGAUGUAGCAUUUGAAAGGGAAGCUGUGUACCCGAUUUCAUCACAGGCAGCAAGCAUUCAUCAUGACAUGCUAACACCAGAUAAUUAUGGCCAUGAUCGCAGAGAAGAGGAUCUGGAAAAUUAUUGCAUGGACAGGGAAGAAUCAGAUCUAAUGGAGGAACAAGAGGAGUCCCAUGUCUAUUCACUCAAGCCAAGAGAUGAACGUAGUAGAUCCCCAAGCAGAAGUAUUGGUCCAGAUGUAUCUGAAGAUCCUGUAGGAGCCAAUGAUCUUGGAGUGCAAGAUGACAACUACUCAUCUGAAGAGACAGACAUUGGAUCUACAUUGAGAGCUAGAGAUGAUAGAAGUCAUGCACCAAGUAGAAGCCUGGAACCAGAGGACUCGCCUAACAAAGUCCAGGAAGAAGAAACUACUCAUGAUGGCCACAUUGUUUCAAAGACCACUCAUUCAGAAAGCAGGUAUUCAGAUUCUGGAUUUCAAAGCACCCAGCAAUCAACAAAUCAAUGGGAGGAAGAAAGGAAUGGCCAUAAUGCUGAGGAAAACAGAGAGCAAGACAUAGUGCACUUUAGUGAAAUGUCAUCUGUAAAGAAUAAGUUUGAAUCCCAGCAGCCACAGGUUGUCCAUAGACAGGUGGAUAUCAAGGAAGAAGUGAGUGCAGCAGAAGGUGGAGUUUAUGAGAGUCAGCCACAGACCUUUCAACAGUGGCAAAAUGAAGAAGAGGAAGAGGAAGGGGUGUAUGAAAGUCAACCUAUUCGCCGUGAUGAUGUUGCCAGAGAGGCAGACAAAGAUAUAACAGCUGGCCUUCCCCCAGUUGGCACAGCCCAAAGUAUCCGCGCAAAGUUUCUGUCAAGUUCAUCUCAAGAAGCACCUAGAAAGCGUGAGAUUACACCACCUUUGCAUGGAGCUGGUGCUGAGUAUGUUUCUGAGCCUAGAGGCUAUAUUGAAAAGUAUGAGGGAAAGGCUGACGCUGGAGUGUUUGAGAGCCAGCCAGUUGUCAACCCUGAUGUUGUCACAUCUGCCACUACUCUAGAGGAUGCUAAACCUGAGCAAGGCUUUGCUAAAAAUGUUGCUGCUAAAUUCAGAGAGCUGGAAAGUAAGAACAGCUCCUACUCUCCUUCUGCUAAAAGGGAAAUAACUCCAGACAGAUCUGGUCGUAUUGAAUAUGUGUCUGAACCAAGAGGUCACUUUGAGAAAUACGAAGGAAAAGCAGAUUCGGGAGUUUUUGAAAGCCAGCCUGCCAUAAAUCCGGAUGUUGUUAGGUCAGGGGAAGAAGUUAAGGAAGAGCUUCCAGAAAGAGGCACUGCUAAAAAUUUAGCCCAGAAGUUUCGACAGAUCAGCCAUGAUAAUACAUCACCACCAUCUGCCAGCACUCGUGCUAAGAAAGAGCUAACUCCUGACAGAUCCGGGCGUAUUGAGUAUGUCAGUGAACCUCGUGGCCAGUCUGAAACUUAUGAGGUCCGAGUGGAUUCUGGGGUUUUUGAAAAUGAGCCGCAAAGAAACCUGGACGUGGUCAAUUCUGAAACUAGUACAGAAGAGUAUCUUCCAGAACGAGGAUUUGCUAAAAAUGUAGCAGCUAAAUUUAAAAGUUUAGAAUCUUCAGUCAAAUCCCCACCUUUGUCACCUGGUAGAAGGAAAGAAUUUACACCACCAAGAGAAGAAGAGAGAGCCAAGCAAUCUGUUGUCUUGGAAAACACUCCAGAGUAUAAACCUGAAUUGAUACAUUCUGGUGAUCAACUUGAAGAAGCCCUACCAGAAAGAGGUACUGCUAAGAAUAUUGCUCAACGCUUCAGACAGCUUGAGUCUGAGAGUAAGGCUCCCAGCAGUCCAAAACAAAAGAAAGAGUUUACACCUCCCCCACAUGACUCAGGAGUUUAUGAGAACCAGCCUAAGCAGUUCCAUGCUGAUUAUAACAGACCUGCAGAAUCAGGAAUCCUAGAAAACAAGCCAAUCAUUAGAGAGGAUGUGGUCAGAUCUGCAGAACCAGUGAGGUAUGAAGAAGAACUCCCAGAGAGGGGUACUGCAAAAAACAUGGUCAGUAAAUGGAGGCAACUGGAGACUAGUGCUUCUGGUGCAAAAUCUCCAGGCUCAUCUGGCCGACCUAAGGAGUUUACACCACCAAGGGAAGAGCCCAGGAUAGCCCAGCAGAGAAAGUCACCACGAACUCCUCUGUCACCCAGUGGAUACGAUCAGUUAGAUAAUGGCUCAGUUCAUCCUUCAGACCUGCCAGGUCAAUAUCAACCUCAGAAUGCACCAACAGUGUUUGAAUCCACGCCUGAGGUUCGUAAUGAUACUGCUCGUGAGGCAGACACAGACUGGACAGAAGGUAUGCCUAAAAAAGACACAGCCAAAAAGAUGCUUGCUAAGUUUCAGCACAUCCAAGAAGAAGCUAAGAAAACCCAGCCACCUGUUGUGCGUAAGGAACCAGAAAUUAAACAAAAAACUCCCCGAAAGGGCUCUGAGAGUAGUGAAAGUGAUUACAUCAUGGAAAAUACCAAUCUAUCUUUUGAAAAUGCUGACAAGGUGGGCCGCAGCAAGAGCAUGAGGGCAGCAGUGCAGACAGAGAAAUGUGGGGCAUGUGAGAAAACUGUGUAUGCAAUGGAACGGCUGGAGAUGAACAAAAGGGUUUACCACAAAGCCUGUUUUAGGUGUUCUCAGUGCAAAGCUGUUUUAACGCCAAAGACAUUCGCAAUCAAUAAUGAAAUCAUAUUUUGCACUACACAUUAUAAACAGUUAUUUGCCACCAAAGGAAACUAUGAUGAAGGAUUUGGACGAAUGCAGCAUAAGAAAAGAUGGAGCAGCAAUCCUAAUCUUCACGAACGAGAGGGAGAAGGAGAAACCAACCACACAUCAUAGAAUUUUAUCCCUCUUUCAAAACACAUUGUUAUGUACUACUUAAAUUCACUUAGUUUUAGUCACAUAAUUAACUUUAAUUAAAUCCUGUGGUGGUAUCCAUCAUUUUUAAAAGAAUAAAAGAAUCAGCCUAGAAUUUUAAUGAGCUGUUCAGGAAUAUUCACCCAGAAUAUUGCUUGAUCAAGCUACCUAUGAAACAUAACAAACUACUUCAGCUGUAAUUUUAUGUAAUGUUUUAUUGUUAGAUAAUGAAUGAUCAAUCAAAAUGAAAACCAAGUAAAACAUGUUUCAAAAUUCUUGUUGCCUUUAAAUCUUUAAAUGUACAAAAAAAGGUUUUUCAAGCUUUUAAUUUAGGUUAUUUCCAAAUCUAAAUGUGACAGUUGUGUGAAAACUGAGUUGGUUCAUAAAAAUAUUUUUCUUUUGCUCCUGGUGUCAAAUGUUCAGAGCUACUACAAAAGUAAAAUCAAUUAUCAACUGCGCUUAUAAGUUACAAGUGUAAACUGAUGAGGUUGUAUAGCUUUUUUACAUAAAGGUAUUACAGUAACUGCCUAUUUACCAAAAUGUAAAAAGUAUUUUACAUAUCAGGAGUAGUUAAUUAGUCAAUGGUUUGUAUAAUAUAGCUACGAACAAUUAACAUUUUAUUUAGUUUUGUAUUUUGUCUUCAUUGUAGUAUUUAUUUUCUGUGAUGUCUUUUUUAAAACUUAUGGCUCCCAACUCUUGGCCUAAAUGGACCUUGGUUUCUUUUUUCAUUCCUUAGUUUUUAAAUAGUUGCAACGCAAUUCUAAAUGUUAAUUAUUAAAAUAUGAAUCAAUCAAAAUAUGUGAAUGGUGCCUUGAAAUGAGAAAAACUGUUGCUCUACUAUUUAACAUUUUCUUUGGUGGCUAAUAAUGUUAGAUAAUCAUAGUGGUUUAUAACUGAUUUAUUGCACAGGUUUACCUUGUAUUAUUCAUUUAGCCAAAGGUUAAGAAAGAGAAUAGUGGUUUUACUUGUCUUAGGCAUAAUUAUGUCCAUACAAUUUUAACUAAUGAUUUUGGCAUAACCCAACUUACUGGGUCUAUUGUGUAUGAAAUGCAUUUUUGUACAAAUCACUUUUUGAGGGGACUUGUAUUGUUUAAGCUGUCAGAUUCUACAAAUCUGGAUGAAAGAAAUGCUCUGUCAAAGUAUUCUUGUUCAUUUUGUUGUGUAGUACAGAAAUAAAUCAAAGCAGUGUUUUAAUUUUAUGUAAGUUGCAUUUUGUUUAAUUCACCUUAUGCAAGGGUACUUAACAGCUUGGUUGUAUUAAGAUGAUUAAUAAAGGCUAAUGUGUAGUGGGAGCACAAUUUUGGCUUAGAAAGAAAGCUGUGGUACCAAGUAUAGUUUCAUUGCAGUACUGGUGUGACAGAACAGAGGAUUUUUGUGUCAUGUCAGCUUUUUAAAUUGUUGACCUUGAAAAAAUGAGCACAAAUUUUGCCUAUAUUUCCGUUAUCAGAGCACAGUCUGCAUAAUGUUUGCAUCUCUUUUGAGGAUAACUCAUCUUGUGUAAUUUUUGUCAUUCACUUUGUUGGAAAUCUUCUCAUAUGCAUGCUGUCGUACUAUUUAAUUGUAACUCUUUUUAAAAUAUUUUUAAACAAGUUUCAUACUAUAAUUUUAAACAGCUAAUCAUCAUCCUCAGUCUUGUAUAUUUAAAGAAGUAUUGAUGAAAAAUGUUUACUGAGUUUUAGGCAUAUUUCUUUUUUUUUCUAAAUGGUUUUAAAGUAUAUAUUUGCUUUCAUUUCAAGGUGCUCAAAAUUUGAAAAAAACAAACCAAUUCAGUUGGCCAAGUCAUGUUAAUAUUUAAUACAACUUUUAUGACAUAAUUCUGUGUUCUUAGUUUUUGUACUUAUUACUAUAAUUCAUACUUAUUACUGCUAAUAAACACUGACUUCAGCUUC